CCCGCGCCCGGUGCCGGCGGCCGGCGGCGAUGAAGAUCUGGAGCUCGGAGCACGUGUUCGGCCACCCUUGGGACACCGUCAUCAAAGCUGCCAUGAGGAAGUACCCGAAUCCAAUGAACCCCUGUGUCGUGGGAGUGGACGUGCUGGAGCGCAGUGUGGACGGCCGGGGCCGGCUGCACAGCCACCGCCUCCUCAGCACUGAGUGGGGGCUGCCCGGCUUCGUGAAAGCGAUUUUGGGAACCAGUAGGACUUUGACAUACAUCAAAGAACAUUCUGUGGUGGAUCCAGUAGAAAAGAAAAUGGAACUGUGUUCCACCAAUAUCACACUCACAAACGUGGUGUCGGUGAACGAGAGGCUGGUGUACACACCCCACCCGGAGGACCCUGGAAUGACGGUGCUCACCCAAGAAGCCAUCAUCACCGUGAAGGGGAUCAGCCUCGGCAGCUACCUGGAGAGUCUGAUGGCCAGCACCAUCUCCUCCAACGCCAAGAAGGGGUGGGCGGCUAUUGAGUGGAUAAUUGAAAAUUCUGAGCGCGCCGUGAGCUAACGGGGUCUGCCCCUGGACCUAAUGCUGAACAGUGAUGCCUCACCCAAAAAUCAAAGAAGAAAGAAAGAAAGAACAGAAGAAAAAAAGGAAGGAAGAAAUAAGUGAACCUUGAAUAUGGUUCGCCCAGUCUGGGAGAGGUGUGGAAUCUGCUGGAAUCUGCCACUUGCCUGGUCACAGUGUCUACCGGGCUCUUCGGCCGAGACCACUCAAGACAGGAGGCCCAUCUGUUGCAGAGUGAGACCCAAAGAAGGGAAGAACCCCCCCGCAGGAGGAGGGCAAGGGCCGGAAAGCUGCCAUUCUGCCGCUGCCCACAAGCCAGCCGCCCCCGGGCCGGUGUUGUCAGACUGCUGUGGGGCCUUGUCUGUCUUCCCCGGGGCAGCAGCUCCCAGCAAUUUUCUGCUGACUCUUGGGAUCUUACUAAACAAGUUUACUCUCUCCUGAUGACUCCCCAUUUCCUUCCUAUGCCUCUUGGCCAACUGCCGGCACUGUCAGUCUCUUCACACGUAUCUGGCCACUCUCUGUCACUUCAGAUGCUGUCGCCAUGCAUCCUUCUUCCUGCGGUUAAUGCAGGUCUGCACAUGCUAGACCACACACGGUGACGUGUGUGGUGACAGCACCGUGAGCUGUCCCAUCACACAGUUGGAACUGGCCAAGGAAGCAAAGUGCUCUGCCUUCAGGCUGUGGCUGGGUUGUCCUGGGCUCCUGGACCAGUGACCCCAGGGGCUGAAUGAGGGCUUGUUACUUGUCACCAUUCAGACCUGUCCCUGAGGAGGCUCAUGCACGUGGAGCCAUUGUGAGGAGGUGGUCACAAAAUGCUUGUGAGCUUGAGCUGUCCUAUUAGCUUCUUAAGGUACUUCCCAGUGGGGAGUUUUAACUUCCCCCUUUUCAGAAGUAGACUAUAAAACCUUUCAGUAUGCUUCGAAAUCUAAAAACUUUAGAGAAGGCCUCCUCCUUAAACGAUGAGUAGAACUGUGUCUACCAUUUUUUAGAUAAUGCUUUUUGUUUGAUAAUAGUACUUCUAAUCCAAAAUGAAAUACUCAUUUAUAUUUUUAACAGAAUAUUUUAUG